AUGACCACGGCCGCGGUCGAAAUCCUGGUAGGCCCAGCAUCCUCGGGCAAGACUCGACGGCUGUUGGAGAUCUACUGCGCUGAGUUGGAACAGGGGAAACCGGGCAGCGUUCUGUGGAUCUCGCCUACGCAUCGUAGCUGUCAAGAAGUUCGCGAUCAGCUCCUCGUCACUUCACCACGGGCAGCACUCGCUCCCGGUGUGAUGACGUUUGAAGCGUUGGCUGAAAGUGUGAUCGACGCCUCUCCGCUUCCUGUGCGGGGAGUGAGUCGGCUUCAGAAACGGCAUCUACUUCGUCAUCUGGUCGCCGCGGCAAUCGAGGGGAACCAUCUCGAAUACUUCCGCCCGAUUGCUAACACGGCAGGUUUUGUCGAUCUGCUGGCCGAAUUCAUCGGCGAGUUGAAACGGUUGGAGGUUUGGCCCGAACACUUGGCCGAGAUCUAUAACCGCACGGGCAAGUCGGCAAAGAACCGUGAGUUGCUCACGAUUUACCAAGCGUAUCAAGAUGAGCUUAACGCACAUCAUCUUUAUGACGCCGAAGGUCGCUUCUGGUCGGCUCGCACGAUGUUGCGGGGAGGGCAGCGCCGCCCCUUCGAUCGCUUGCGGUUGGUCGUCGCCGAUGGGUUCACCGACUUCACGCGAACGCAGCAUGAAAUGCUCGAGAUCUUGGCCGACCGCGUCAAACGAAUGCUGGUUAGCCUUCCAAUGGACCCCGCUUCGGCGGACGAAUCGUCAACAGCAGAAGUCGCGUCGCGUUCGCACCUGUUUGAGAAAUCGCUCACUACACUGGAUGAAUUUCGCAAGCGACACGAAACGGUUCGCAUCGAGACACUCGAGCGACGUGAUUGGUGGCCGGCGCUUUCGCACAUCGAACAGCAGCUAUUCCGCGACCCGCGGGAAGUGAGCGAUGCGCCCGGUACCGCGGGGAUUGAAAUUCUUGCCGCCGGGGGUGUUCUUUCAGAACUGCAACAAGUGGCGCUGCGGAUCAAACGGUUGCUGUUGGAGGGAGACCCUGAAACGGGCGUGAAACGCGUUUGGCCUGAAGAUAUCGUGGUGGUGUUUCGCUCGCUAAGCGCAAAGGCGACGCUGGUUCGAGAGGUCUUCCGUGAUUUCGGGUUGCCGGCCUCUUUUGAAUCGCCACGCAAAUUGGGCGAUGCGAAGAUCAUCACUGCCGUGGUUUCAUUGCUGCGGCUCGAUGUCGAUGAUUGGCCAUUUCAUCAAUUAUUGGCCGUGCUGUCGAACACUUAUCUGCGGCCGUUGCAGGAAGAUGUCUCGCUGAGUGCACGCAUUGCCGAACGAGUGAUUCGACGGGCUCAGAUUCCCAAGGGACGGCAUGCCUUGUUGAAUUGGGUCGAACACCGAGUUCAGCGCGAGGCCGAAGCGGAGUACGAAAGUUCCGCUAUCCCUUUCCAACAGGCAUGGCCCUGGUUCCAGUGGCUGGCCACUACGCUCGAUGCGUUGCCUGAACGAGCGACGCCCCGGGCUUGGGCCGAGGCGCUUCGCGAAUUGAUCGACCUUGAAAAAAGCCUCUCAGGAGAGCCAGUAGAUACAGCACGUGUUUUCGAUGACGAAGACCAGUUGGCUUGGGCGCGGUUAACCGAGUUAUUGGAAUCGCUCGAACAGAUUGACGUGCAUACGGAGGGGAACGCGAAGGCGAUUGAUCGGGCCGAGUUGCUCACGCUGCUGACCGACCUGGCAUCCAACGAGCGGUUGCCCGAGAUUAGCGAUGAAACCGGCUGCAUUCGUGUGAUGUCGGCCCAAUCGGUCCGCGGACUUCACGUUCCCUACUUGUUUGUGGCAGACUUGGCCGAGCACGUGUUUCCGUCGUCUCAUGCGGGCGAUCGCUUGUACAACGAGUCGGAGGCCUCGGAGUUGAACGCCGCUGGGCUCGCGCUGCGAAACCGUGCUGAGCAUCACAGCGAAGAGAUGCUGCUGUUCUAUGAAGUGCUCACCCGCGCCACGAAACGUUUGUUCCUGAGCUACGCCGCGUGGACGGAAAAAGCCGACCCGCUGCUGCCGAGCCCCUUCUUGUCCGACCUGCGUCGGGCCUGCGGUGAAACGGCCAUUAAGACCGUGGAGGUUCACGAUCUGAGCCCCAUCCCGCAGCAAGAGCUUCCUUACAGCGAAGGUCAGUGGCGAGUGUUGGGCAUGUCGCAAGCGCUGGCAGGCGAGACAUCGCUGAUGGCCUCACUAUGGUCCGCUCCGGAAACUGCCACGGUGGCCAGCGGGAUGCUGGCGGCGGUCGAUGUAUACGGCAACCGAAAAAGUCGUCAGGAGUUCGGCACCUAUGAAGGCGUGUUGGGCCCAGCGGCGGCCAAUCGACUGGGUGAACGCUUCGGGGCGAACCACGUCUGGUCGGCCGCGGAACUCGAGCAAUAUGCCACCUGUCCGUUCAAGUUCUUUGCCGAACGGGUGCUGAGGUUGCAGCCGCUCGAAGCAUUGGAACUCGAAACCGACUACGGUCGACGUGGGUCGGUGGCGCACGAUGCACUGGCCGCGAUGCAUCGCCGGCUGCUGGUCGAUCCCGUGGCCACGCGAUCGAUGGCAUCGUUGGAACUCGAAGAGUUCGAGGCCAUGCUGCAGGAGGAACUCACCCGUCUGUUGGAUGUGGCUGAAGUCGACCGCACAGUGGGCGGGGCCAUGCGGUUGAUCGAUCGUCGUCGCUUGUUAGCCGAUCUGAGCGGCUAUGCCGAUUCGCACAAGCUGUACGACGGAAAAUGGGAGGGCUGUUCAAACCCGCCAUCGCCCAAGCACUUCGAAGUUUCAUUCGGUUUGGAGCGUCAGUCCGACGACACACUUUCGACGCGCGAGCCCUUGGUGUUAAACGCCCAUGGCGAGUCAUUCAAGGUUGGGGGGCGUAUCGACCGCAUCGACAUCGGCGAAGCCGCCGGCGAAGUGAUCUUCAACGUGCUCGACUACAAGACGGGGCAAAUUCCUGGGGCAAAGUUCCAGACAUUAAGAGACAAAGACGCUUUGCAGUUGCCGCUGUACGUGCUGGCCACCGAAGAGGUGUUACUUGGCUCUCAAUCAGCGAUUGCCUUUGCCGCGGGCUAUUGGUCGCUUGGGCGAAGCAGCAAAACGGAGUUCAAGUCGGCCAUCGGCAUGGCCAGCGUGGUGAACUCCACUCUGCAACGAGGCGAAGAGUAUGACCAGCUCCGUGAGUGGCUGUCCGAUCGCGUCUGUUCGGUCGUUGGAGAAGUCAUGGCAACCGCCAACCGCACCAACCACCUGACCGACGAGCAGCAUCGCGCGAUCUUCGAACGCGACGCUUCAAUUGCGCUCUCAGCCGGGGCCGGUUGUGGGAAGACGUUCGUACUGACCGAACGCUUCUUAACGAGCAUCUCUCCUGCGGACGGCAAUAAGCCAAACGCUCUGAGCGACUUGGUGGCCAUUACGUUCACCGACCGUGCAGCCCGCGAGAUGCGAGAUCGCAUUCGGGCGAAGUGUCACCAGCGAUUGAUGGACGCCUCACCGGAGGAGGCCUCGCAGUGGUUGGAGAUCUACCGCCACAUCGACUCGGCCCGGGUGAGUACGAUCCACGCGUUCUGCGCCUCGCUAUUGCGGCAAUACCCGGUUGAAUGCAAUCUCGAUCCGAGAUUUACCGUGCUGGACGACGCGGCGACCGAAACGCUGCUGGCCGAAACCAUCGACACGCAGCUUCGCGACAACCUGGCCCAAAGAGACGAAGCCACGCUCGCCUUAAUGGUCGACUACUCGCUCCGCGAACUACGGAUCAUGCUCGGCCAAUUCAUCACGGCCAGGCACAGCAUCGACUUCGAUGAAUGGAGCGGUAAGAGCCCCGAGGAGAUAACCCAGGCUUGGUUGGCGUUUCAUGAAUCGAAACGCGAUUUGAUUGCCAUACGGAAGCUGGUCUCGGCGGCUGAGGUUGAUCGAGUGAAGCGAGUCAUCAACACGAUUGAGCCCGUGGGCGAUGUGAUGGCGCAGCGGUUUGCCACCCUACAGGCGACGUUCGCUGAACUGGGUGAUACCGAUCGUUUGCACGAACAUCUCCAGAUCCUGCAGGACAACGCGCAGAUCAAAGGAUCCAGCCCUGCGAAGGAUUGGCCUGACCCCAGUGAGCGGCAGCUCUUUCAGAAAGAAGCGGAGAAACUACGGAAACGGAUCAAGGCCAUUCAAGACGUCGGCGAGUUCGACCCGGUGGAAGCCCUGCCGGUGGCGAAGUACGGUCUGCAGUUGCUCGAAGUUACCAGAGAUAUUGUCGCGGCGUACGAAGCAAGAAAGCAGCGGCUGGCCGCGCUCGACUUCGACGACCUGAUGAUUCGCACGAAGCAGUUGCUCACCUCGACGGAGCAUCCGCACGUCAGUCGUCGCGUGGCUGCGGGCAUAGAGCACCUGCUGAUUGAUGAGUUUCAAGACACCAACCAGCUUCAGGUCGAGUUGGUGGAGGCUCUCUGUGGCGAACGCAAGCUCAGCGGCAAGUUGUUCAUUGUGGGCGACUUCAAACAGUCGAUCUAUCGCUUUCGUCAGGCUGAACCGAAAAUCUUUCGCACAUUGCGGGAGGAAAUGCCGGAGGGCGGCCGGCUCUCGCUCACGCAGAACUUCCGCAGUCAGCCGGCGAUUCUGGACUUUGUGAACGCCCUGUUUUGCGAACCGAUGGGAGAUUCGUACGAACCGCUGCAUGCGUUUCGGCAGCAAGUUUCCCCGACGCCUGCGAUUGAGUUUCUGUGGGCCACCGUCAGUGGUGAAGACGCGAAGAUUAAGAACCGCCAGGACAAGACUCCGGUUGGUCUGCGACGCAAGCACGAGGCCGACUGGAUCGCCCGGCGUAUUCGGCAGAUGCUCGACAGUGGUGAGCCCAUUGUGUGGGACUCGGCUUCCAAGGAACCCGCGGCACGUCCACCACGCCUGGGCGAUUUCGCGCUGCUGUUUCGCGCACUCUCGGAUGUCGAACUGUAUGAAUCGGCACUGCGGGAAUAUGGGCUCGACUACUACUUGGUCGGUGGUCGGGCGUUCUAUGCACAGCAAGAGAUUUACGACCUGGUAAAUCUGCUUCGCACGUUGGCGAGCGAGGCCGACGAAGUAAGCCUGGUGGGAGUGCUGCGCAGCCCGUUCUUUUCACUUAGCGACGAUACCCUGUUCGGGCUGGGACAGCAUCCCGAAGGGCUCGCGGCAGGGCUGUUUACUGAGGAUCAUCAUCCGGCGAUCGAAAAGGAGCAACAACGACGAGCGGCGCGGGCCGCCGCGGUGAUUCGAGAACUGCGAUCGAAGAAGGACCGCCUAUCGAUUACCGGACUGAUUCAAGAAUCACUGCGACUCACCGGCUACGAUGCAGCGCUGUUGGCCGAGUUUCUCGGCGAGCGGAAGCUGGCCAAUUUGUACAAGCUGAUUGAUUCGGCGCGACGCUUUGACAGUUCAGGCAUGUUCACCUUAAACGACUUCGUGGUGCAGUUGGCCGAGUUCAUUGCCAAACAGCCGGCAGAACCGUUGGCGGCGACCAUGCCGGAGUCGACGGAAGUGAUUCGUCUGAUGACGAUUCACCAGUCGAAGGGGCUCGAGUUCCCGAUAGUGAUUGUGCCCGACCUCGAUCGUAAGCCGCAUGCCGACAGCAACCCGGCGGCGUUUCACCCAGAGUUGGGCCCGCUGGUGAAGUCGCCCUCGGGCAGCAAGAUGCCGACGGGGCUCGAUCUUUACCGGCAGGGGGAAGAACUCGAGGGCGAAGAUGAGACCACGCGGUUGCUCUAUGUAGCCACGACGCGGGCGGCCGACUACUUGAUGCUUUCGGCCGGCGUCGAGGCGGUUGAUCGGCCGGAGUCGCCAUGGCGAAGGGUGAUCGAACGCCGCUUCGAGUUGGACACCGGUGAAAUGCUGGGCGAGUUACCCCCGGGUUAUGCAUUGCCCGAGGUGAUGGUGACCCUCGAGAAACCCGAGCUGCCGAACUUCCACAAAGAAUCCAGCCGCGGGGUAAAGCUGGAAAAGGUGAUUGGCGAAAUAGAGACCGCUCGGAAGGGAAUACCACGCCCACCAGAAACUGUGGGGCCGAUUGCACCUCACCGGGCCGCCCGCCGGCAGUUUUCUUUUUCGAGGUUAACGGGUGCACUGAAGCCCCAAGAGUCGCCCGCAGUGGAGGCAGAGACCGCCCUGGUGUCGAAGGCCGCCGAGGUUGCCGGUCCGCGGGACGGGGCUUCCGACCCGCUGCUGUUAGGUUCGCUGGUACAUGCCGCGCUCGCGCAGUGGCCGGGUUUGAUGAGUGAAGGAAACAAGGCGGCCGCGGCCCCAGAGCAGUUGGUGCAAUUGCAGGCAGACAAGUUGCACAUUGCCGAUUCGGUGUUGAUUGGCGACGCCCGCGACUUGGUGCGAGGGUUUGUCUCCAGCCCACGGGCCGAAGCACUUCUGGCCGCUAAUGAGGUUCACGCCGAAAUCGAGUUCAUGCUUCCCUGGCCGCCGCAGGACGAGGCUUCAAGCGAGGGAGCCGCAACACGGUGGAUCGGCGGCGUGAUUGACUGCCUUUAUCAGUCGCCCGACGGAGUGUGGCAUUUGCUCGACUACAAGACGAACCAACUCACCGGCCGUGGGGUCGAAGAGGUGGCCAAUCCGUAUCGCAUGCAGAUGUUGCUGUACGCUCUGGCCAUCGAACAAUCGUUGGGCACUCAGCCUGGCGAACUCUGUCUGCGUUUUCUCCGCGGAGGGGUUGAGCACAUCUUCGAGCUUGAUAAGUCUUCUCGUGAGUGGGUUGUCGGCGAAGUGAACCGCGCGAUGGACUUGCUUGUCUCCUAG